AUGGCUUCCCGUCAACCAAGAAACAGCUUGACGCUAUUUGACAAGGUUGAUGUGGUGCUUGGUAUCUAUUCCAUGGUUUCGGCGGUCAUUUAUUCUAUUCUUUCAGGCUUUUUUCGUGGUAAAUCAGGCGCAGAUACCUAUUAUCACCACAUUAUACAAGGGACAGUCAAGAAGCUUAUGACCAGAUAUACCCCACUUCAGCUGCAGUAUCUUUUUGAGUCAUCAGAUCAGAUAUACCUGAAGUACUGUAGCAGCAACCGGCUCGAGCCGAAUUUUAUUUCAACCGACCACGGGGUGAAAGGGUUUUGGAUCGGAAGCCCACAUGCCAAAUAUGUUGGGAUAUAUUUCCAUGGAGGGGGGUUUGCGAUGGAUGGAACAAAAUCACAUAUAGAUCUUUGUCUGGAAGUACAGAGAAGUCUGGAUCAAAACGGGAUCAAUCUUGCUUGGUUCUAUUCCACCUACACAUUGACGCCUCACUCCACUUAUCCCACACAAUUUUGUGAAGCGGUGGAAACCUUAAACUACAUUCUACAGGAUGUCGGGCGACAUCCAUCUGAAGUCAUACUUGCAGGCGACUCUGCAGGCGCAAACCUCUGCUUGGCAAUCUUGUCUCACAUGACGCAUCCGGCCAAAGGCGUGCCUAGACUGAUAGUACAAGAACCCCUCAAGGCAUUUGUCCUUAUCUCACCUUGGAUCUCCUUUGAUCAGAAUUGGCCAAGCGUGCGGCGUAAUGAGCACAAGGACAUUGAAGCAACCGAUGCUAUAGAGCUGUGGUCGCGGAUUUAUCUCGAUGGGAACCCAACAAACUCUUACAUUGAGGCUGUUCGUGCUCCGGAAGAAUGGUGGAAGGACGCAAAAGUUCAGCACACACUAGUUCUCGCUGGAGAAGAUGAACUUCUUAUGGACCCAAUUACAGCUUGGGUCCAUAAUUUUCAGAAAUUCAAUACGGAAACCACUUUCGUCAUUGGAGAAAAGGAAUGUCAUAUUGCCCCUAUUAUCUGGCCAAUGUUUGGUGAUAAACAUGAGACUCAGCAAGUUAGAGCAUUGAAAGAUUGGUUAAAGGCACGGUUGCUUUGA